GCGUUUUAGGAUUCAAAGUCCAGAAAGCAAAAUUUGAAAGUCGUCUGCUUGUUUCAAAUUCGAAUGUUUACGGUGAAAGCUCUUCAAAAAAAUGAAAAUGAUAAUUGCAUCCUUGUAUUAUUUUGUAGCGCUUUUAAUUUCUAACACACAUGCUUGGGACACUCAAGCCUCAAAUUUUCUGACAUCUGGGGAUCAUACUAGUAAUUGGGCUGUACUGGUCGACACUUCACGUUUCUGGUUUAAUUACAGACAUGUAGCAAACGUGUUAUCAAUUUACCGGAGUGUAAAAAGAUUAGGAAUUCCAGAUAGUCAAAUUAUUUUAAUGAUCGCUGAUGACAUGGCUUGUAAUUCGAGAAAUCCUCACCCAGCGGCAGUUUACAAUAAUGCAAAUCAACAAAUUGAUGUAUAUGGAGAUGAUGUUGAAGUAGAUUACCGAGGUUAUGAGGUAACUGUUGAGAACUUUAUUCGUGUUCUCACUGGUAGGUUACCAGCUUCAACCCCAAGAUCUAAAAAACUGUUGACUGAUGCAGGAAGCAAUGUUUUAAUAUAUCUAACUGGCCAUGGUGGUGAUGGAUUCUUAAAAUUUCAGGAUUCUGAAGAGAUCACAAAUGUCGAUUUGGCGGACGCUAUUCAACAAAUGUGGGAAAAACAAAGAUACCACGAAAUGCUAUUUAUUGUCGACACUUGCCAAGCAGCAUCACUUUAUCAGAAGUUUUACGCUCCGAAUGUUUUGGCAAUUGGGAGUAGCCUAGUCGGUGAGGAUUCCCUUUCACAUCACGUUGAUCCUGCUAUCGGCGUUUACAUAAUUGAUCGUUACACUUACUACGCCCUUGAAUUCCUCGAGCAUGUCACGCCCACAAGUAAUCACACACUCGGUCAAUUUCUCAAAGUCUGUCCAAAAUACUUGUGUCUUUCUACUGUUGGCUUUCGUAGUGACCUUUUCCAGCGAGACCCUAACAGGGUCUUUAUUACGGAUUUCUUUGGUUCACAAAAGCGCAUUGAAAUGGCUGCAGACCCGAUAGUAUUACCAUCACCUUCAAAUAAAGAAACAAGUAUGCCGCAUCGGGAGGAAGUGCCAAGACGUACUUUGUACUAUGCGGACCCUAUUCCGCCAUUAUGCAUUCACAGUUUAACAUUUUAAAUUGAAGUCGGUCAAUAUACACGUUUUGAUAGAACGAGAUUACAAAGUUUGGUGGGA